AUGAUGUACAAACUGAUGACCAUUUUUACUUCCUGCUUCAUCUUAAUUCUUUACGCGAGAUCUUCAACGGCAAAAGCUUUGACCCCCGAAGAUGUGGAGGGUUUGCUACCACCGGAUCCGCGCGAUAAGAACGAGACGAUAGCCGCCGUUGUUCAGGACCCCGUCGUCCAGGAUGCCGUGCACAACGCGGUGAACAAUGGUUCAUUAAAUGGACUCGUCGUGAAGAAACAUGUAUUCAUAAUGCCAGCUACCGAUCCCAAAACGGUGCUCUCGAAACGCGAACACCUUCUCGUGGUUCCGACUGAAAAUUUGGAGGACGUGCGAAAGAACAUAACCGAAGUCAAGCAAGCAGAGGCUCGGGAGACGUCCACGGCUGGGAACCAGGCAUUCUUCGAGGAAUACGCAAGUGAAUACACGCCAGAGGAAGAUGAAAAUAGAGAGGAACGAGACGAGUUGAGUGAGAAACGUAAAAGCGGGACAGAAUUCUUAAAAAAUGAGCUUAGUCACGGAUCGGCUUUACUGGAACCGGAAGACACCGAGAAAAAGAUUGCGGUGCCGAUCGUGGCGGUCAUCGACCCCACGAACGCCGAUAAGGGGAAAGUGAAGAGUCCCAUCGUUGCUAUCCUUCCUAAUCAACCAAUCGUCGACGUUCCAGUGAACAAUCAAGUUCAAUUCUUGAAGGAUAAUAGUGAUCGGAUUCAAAAGGAGGCUCAAGAUUUCGUCGAUGGGAGUUCGUUAACGGUUAACACUAAUUAUUAUUGGAAACCGACACCUGAGAUUGCUUCGCCGCCUGGAAGUUCUCCGAUCUCGUUGUACGUGGACGAGGUGGUGCCGAGCUUAGCAACGGAGGCGAUCCUGACGCCGGUUGUGGUGCCUCAAUGGAACCUGGUUCCAUUAACGGAUGAUCAAGGCGAAGAAACAGAACUCGGUACGACGGUUAUUAGAAAUGAAGUGGAUUGAGCGAGAAACUUCAAGACAACCGGGGAAGAUGGAUAGUCGAGAAGAGAAGACUUUUUAAUGAAACAAACUUGUUUAGCUAUAAACUUUGUGUUAAAGAAUUGAAGAUGAGAAACGUUUGACGACUAAAAUAGAAAAGCUGAGC